UCCUCUCUUCCCUGACAGAGUGAAGUGCCGCCCAGGACUUCGCUUCUUCUUCUCAUCCUCGCCGGAAUUAUUCGCCGACCAAAGAAAUAUCAAACCACUGAAGAAAGAGACUGUCCUCCCAAAUUGAGGCUUUUGCGUAAAAGGAGGCAAGGAAAAGUUGGAGGGAAAGAAAAAAGAGGGGUGAAGUCGAUUCAGUUAAAGCUUUACCAGAUCUGACGCUUCGCCGGUGGUUGAUUCCGCCUUUCUCCCACCAAACCAGUCUCUGUUGGGCGAUUUUCUGGAAAACCUUUUACCGGCGGUAAUGGAAGCAUCUACUGCUUGUUUUCAGUGGUCGAAGCAAAUUAUACCUCAUCGUCCGUCGUCUUCCUACGGAACCCUAGCCUCCGCAAUCUCAUCUCCGUCGUCUUCGAAACGGCGGUGCCAGGCAGAAGGCGCGGCAGCGCUCGUGUGCUGUUAUGUACAUCGCCUUGACAGAUUGGCUCUAUUAGGAGCAUCAUCGUCGAAGAUCUACAGGACAAGGUCUUCCGCGUAUGCCAGGCCCAGAAGAGCACAGACGCUGAGGAGAGCUUGCAGUGCGAGCCUAAGCGAAGCCUUCUCCGACGAGGAAUUUUCCAAGGAAAUUCAAGAAUUGGCUCUCAGAUUCCAAAACUCGAACGAUGGCGCGGAUUUGGAAUUGACGGCAGGUUUCCAUCCCGAAACAGCGAGUAAUCAUCCUUGCCAUUCGGGCAGGGAAGAUUUUGUAAAUAUGGAGCACGAUCACAGGCGAUUCCCGGUGGAGCCUCCGUGGCCGGACAUCAGUAGGGAGUCCCAAGAUUGGCCGGGGAGCCACGAUAUGAUUCCGGCGAGCAUUGAGCGGAAGGCGAACAGCGUGGAUAUCCCAGUAUCGCUCCGAAUCAUAAAAAGAAAGAUGCAGUGGCAGGAAGGAUUGAUGGAGGCAGGGGAAUCCGCUUGUUGCUCAGUGAAGAAGGCGUUCUCCUCUAUGGUGUUCAUAAUACGAGAGAUCCAGAGCUACACAUUGCUGAUGAGAGAGUUCCUUUUCACGGAAGAUCUACAAGGGAUUCUGGCCCGGGUCCAGAAGGAGAUGAACGAUUCAUUCGUGUGGUUGUUUCAGCAGGUGUUUUCUCAUACACCUACUCUCAUGGUGUCCGUGAUGAUUCUCCUUGCCAAUUUCACGGUGUACUCCAUGGGCAGCCAGUAUGCAAUCGCCGCUCCACCCCCGCCAGCCUCCUAUACGAUGGAAAGCGUGUCUGUUCUCGAUACUCGAGACCAGAUAAACCACAAGUUCCAUUCGUCAAUGGCCAAGACCUUUUCCUUGUCAUCCCCUGCUGGGAAAUCCGCUUCCAUCGGCGGGGGCGGUGGUGAUGGCGGCAAGGUUAGACCAGUCGGCAGUGGGACAGAGGGAGACGGUUCAUUAGAUGGGUCGGAAGAAUUGAGGACGAUAGUCCCUGAUUGUGCAUCAGAAUUGUCAGCACUAGGUACGAGCCAAGAGGCAGAGCAGGGGAUGGGCCGAGAGAAAGAAGCUUCGGAGAUAUGGAAUUCGAUGGUGGAGGAAGCCGCAGGAAUUCAAGGAUUGAAGAUCGAUGCAGAGACCAUCAAGAGAUUCGUUUCACCCAUCGAAGCCAACAUCGAAUCCGACGAUUACGGCGACUAUCUGCGGACGGAGUUGCUGUACCAAACUGGACUUGCAGAAGACCCUAACAACCCUCUACUGCUCGCCAAUUAUGCCCAGUUCCUAAGCCUUGUUUCCCAUGACCACGACAGGGCGGAGGAGUACUUCAAGAGGGCGGUUGGGACGGAGCCGGUGGAUGCGGAGGCGUUCAACAAAUACGCCAACUUCCUGUGGAAAGUGAGGGACGACCUGUGGGCGGCGGAGGAGACGUUCUUGGAAGCCAUUGCUGCGGACCCGGCCAAUCCUUUCUACGCUGCUAGUUACGCCAGCUUCUUGUGGACGACCGGCGGGGAGGACACGUGUUUCCCCCUGGGCUCCCCUGAUACUACGCUCCAAGCCUAAUUUGAUUUAAAGAAAAGAAGAGGAUCAUAACCAGGCCUGAUCGGAGCAGUUAUGCGGACUGACACGGCGAAGAACCCGACCCGAAAAUAAAACCGGAAACCCUUUUGUAAAUUCGACAAAAUGGAAAGCGAUGAAUUAAAAAAAAGGUGGUUUGUAGAGCUUUUAGGAGGAGUAGAUGUAAAUUAAAGGAAGGAAUGGAGGAAAUGUAAAUCUACGGAAAGAUUGUCGACUUUUACGUGGGACGGUAGUAGACUAGUCGGUGUUUGGCGCAUGGAAGAACGUGAGGAGAGAUGGCGCGUUGGGACUGAGAAUUUGCCCACAAAACUGCUCUGCAAUGCACUAGAAUGGUUUUAAUGCCUAAUGGGCAGCAGCACAAGCAUCAAUGACUCAACGGCAGUCAGGCAGGCAUAGAAAGGAAGGAGACAGAUGCCCGUUUCGUUUGGGCAGUGGACAGGUAUUGUUAAGGGUUCAUUUGGUGAGAGCCAGCACAGCAGGCAGCCAUUACAGUGUGUCGGAAGCUCCUUUUACUUCCUUGAACAAAUUCGAUAGUUUUUCUUUACUUCCUUUUCCUUUGAUGAAAACUCUUGUAUGUACACAUGGCAAAUGUAUAUUACAUCACCUUUUUGUCAAAUAUACUAGAAUUAAUGGCCACGGGGACUAACAAAAUUGCA